GCGAUAGCAAGCGGUAGAGUGUAUGACGACUUGCCACCGCGUAUAAGGAGCCUUAUAUCUCCCAAUGAAUGGAGGACCAGGGUCAAGGAGCAUUGCAUCCAGCGAGGCCUGCCCUGGGCCACCAGCCUUGCGUGCACAGUGAUGGGGCAGCAGGAGUAUUACGAGGACCUCCUGAAGUCCUACAAGGCUUGGAUGCGGCUGUUUCCGUACCACCUCUCCGACUACGUGUGCCGGGUGGCGCGAGUCACGCCCUUCAAGUACUACCUAGAUAUGAUGGUUGCCGUACUCAAGGAGGAGAGAUCGUACGACAGAAUACCCAACUUCACGGCCGCCGACGCGCUGGGUGUGCUGGGCAUCGGUCGUAACGGCUACAUUGCGGCGCUCAACGCCUGCAAGGCGCGGCGCCUGAUGUGGCGGGUCAACAUCAACCGGGAGGGCAUUGCGAGGGAGCAGCUGCCGCAGGAGCCCGCCCCCAACCCCCGACUGGAGCCCUGGUGGCGCGUGGCGGUGGUCAACAUAGGCGCCUCCGAGUACGCCGAGCUGGGCCCCGAGGAGCUGGCGCUGCUGAAGACCGCCGCGCUUCCGCCGCACGCCGCGGGGGGCGACAUGCGGGUGCGCGACCUGCAGCCGCCCGGGGUGGUGCGUGCGCUGCUGCGGCGGGGGCUGGCGUACCUGGAGGUGCCGGUGGAGGCGGGGGACAGGUUCGCCAUUCCGCCGCUGGAGGGUUUCGUGUCAAACAAGACCACCGCGGCGGGCGAGGCGGGCGCCGACCCGCUGGAGACGCUGCUGUACGGCGUGUUCGUUGCCAACAGCGAGCGGCUGAGUGUGGCGCAGCUGGCAGGCAUCCUGGGGGUGGGGCUGCCCGACCUGCAGGCGGCGCUGGGGGUGGCGUGCAGG